ACGACAGUUUUUUAAAAAUGUAUUUCGUAUCCUUAAUUUGUAUUUUUCUGUUGCGACCCAACCUUGUAUUUUCGGAUGAGGGGCGGUAUACAAAUUUAAUAAGCAACAAUAAGUCAAGGGCUCCCCAUUUCCUGCACCGAGCCUGGGCUCCAAGCCCUGUUUCCGACAGCUGUGAGGCAUAAAUGGUGCAAACUGAAGGAAUAAUUAGCCGAAUUGUAAUGCAGUUUCCUCCCUAAAAGUGUGUGUGUGCCUUGUGAAGAGAAACUUUAACGUGCAACGAUAUAUGAGUGUCAUGUGUAUGGAUACAGCAUUACACGUGUUCGCUUAAGCCUUUCCCAGGGGCACCAGCUGGAUUGCAGUCAUUUUGCCAUUUUGCCCUUGCUAUUCUUCUAAGCGCUCACAAUUGAAUUUGUGCUUCUUUUUUUACAUGGUGUUUUUAGUGCUUUAUGCCUAAUGAGGUAGGACUAGUAUUUUAUCCAUAGACAUUUAGGAUUGUGGCAAAAGUUCUUCCUCAGCAGGUGGUGCAAUUCUUUGCAAGCUUAAGUUUUCCCAAGCCUAGAGGUUCCCUAUUCCGUUCUCCUAUGCUUUAUUAAUGAUCUAUAUAAACCUGCUGGGAGGUUUGGGUAGAAGUGUCAUCAAUAUGCAGAUGACACUUAGCUCUACCAUACAGUACUUUUCCUUUUUAAUUUUUUUAAAAACCAUUCUUUAUUUAUUACAAAUGCACAUUUACACAGCAACACAGUACUUUUCCAUCUACUUAUUGCAGAGAGGCUGUUGAACUUUUGAAUUGGUGUCUCAAGACUGCACUGCUUUUAGCAGAUGCUUGUCUGCAUUGUUUUUUAAAAGUUUGGAUUGCUGAGGUGCCACAAAGUGCUUCAGUGGUCCUUGUUUUGAUUUGUGCUGCCUCAUACAGAUCCUACCGGUACCAGGCUUCUGAAUAUUGUUGCUGAUCAAUAUUUGAAAGACUUUUAUAUCCACAACUAUUUUUAUCUGCUUAAACUGUGUCAGCAUAAUGAAAAUAUAAUAAUAAUAAAUGGAUUUUUGAAAUCCAGUAAUAUGUUAACACUCAUAAAUCACAUAAACAUACUAAUCUUUGCACAUAUUAAAAGAUAAAAUGGAUUAAAAAACAACAACGAAUGGAGGGGGGAGAGGAAAGCAAGCAUUGGAACAGCUGCACCUUCAGUGGCCAAAGGGAUGGUCCAGGUUGGUCUCCCCCUUGUCAGGAUGUUCUGUCUGGGAAUAAGGAGCGCAUAUUCCAAAUGACACCUGGUAUCCUGGUUGGAGCAGAGUGCUGUUUUCCCCCUCAUCGUAAUAUUAUUUAUAUUAGCACUUUUGCUUCACAUUCAUUAUCUAAAGUCUUACAACACUCCAUCUGUAUUUCAGAUGAAGGAAUGAGGGGCUUGCCUAAGGCUAUGCAGUCAAUUUGUAUUUGAGGUGAAGCUUGAGCCAUUUGCCGAAUCUGAGCUUGGUAUAUUUCCUGAAUUACUUACUGAGACAAAAAGUAGGAUCAGUUAUGUACAUGCCAGAUUGGUGGUAUAAUUCUAGGUGUAUGAGUGUGAGGGAGAGUGAUACAUCAGUUGGAUCAGGUAAAAAGAUAAAGGGACCCCUGACCACUAGGUCCAGUCGUGACCGACUCUGGGGUUGCACGCUCAUCUCACAUUAUUGGCCGAGGGAGCCGGCGUUUGUCCGCAGACAGCUUCCGGGCCAUGUGGCCAGCAUGACUAAGCUGCUUCUGGCACUUUGACAUGCUUUUGAACUGCUAGGUUGGCAGGAGAGUUGGAUCAGAGAGUCUGAUAAAAUUGAUUCAAAUGAAUUUACUGCUGCUUAAUCUGCUGUGCCAAAGAGAAACUAAAAAUUCUGUUUGUACCUUAAUUUGAAAUUUGCUACUGAGUUCUGCUAUCUGUUUAAACCAGUAUUUUUAGCAGUAAAUUGACAGUGAUUGUUUUGGAAUGUAUUGAAAACUGUAUGAAUCCAUCUCUUUUUCUCUAGGCAUUGUAAGGCAUUUGCACAUAUUCUAGAGUAGCGGGUUAUCACACAAAAGUAAACAUGCCUUCAGAAACAGGAAAAUCAGACAUGGAGAGGAUUGGCCUCUUUAGUGAAAUGGAAUAUAUUUCUAUUGGGGAUAAAUAUGUCUCACCAUUUAACCGCCCUUUUAAUGAUGCUGCAAGCAAGAACAAGCAAAUGUUACCAGGGGGUAACAAAGAGAAGGCAGCUACCCAGGCAGGUUACUUUGACCCUGUAUAUGCAAGAAUUUUUGAAGGUGAAAGCUAUUUGAAUCCUGUUCAGCUAAGGAGAAGAUACCGAAUGGCAGAGUCAAAGAAAAACCUGGGCAAACCCUUCCUUCCUAGUAAUGGAGAGAAAUUUCCUUGUGGUAUAGGAACCUACUAUGGAACAAUUGGUGGCCCAUGUGCUUACUUCAGUGCACAAGCAAAAGACAAAAUGCCGUAUGUUGCACCUGGGAAGAAUCUGUAUACCAAUCCAGGGAAGAAGGGAACUGGCUACGGGUAUGCCAAUCUUACCAUAGGUAAACCAUACCCACACUCUGUGGAAUUGUAUGACCAAGGAAGGAUAAACUUUAAGAAAAUGAGUGAAGAACACCACCGUUUGAUGAAAGGUGGAGCUUUCAAGUUGAAUCUUUACCCACGAGAAUAUUUUGAUGUGAAUCCUUACCAUGAUGACAAACCAUUGCCACCACCAAAGAAACAACCCCCGCCAGCACCAGUUACUCAACCAUUUAAGCCAACUUCUCCUGCAAAGAAGCCUGGGGGCAUGAAAGCAGGCACAUUUGAUCCUUAUCCAACCCAUUCCGUAGACCCUUACAUCGUUCAACUGGCAAAGCCUGUCACAACCAAUAAACAAGGGCGGGUAUUUCAUCCUUCUCCUGGACCGAAGAGCAGACCAGUAAGAAGUAUUAUGUCAUUAAAUGUUGAAAAAUCAUUAAAUGCAACAAACUAUACGAAUCCGCAAGUGAUGUCAUAUUAGCUGCACCAAAGCAAGGUGAAUGAACUUUUUAGAUUCUGCAAACAGUAGCAUUUUAACAGCUCAAGGUAUCUGAAGCAAAUAAAAAAAAAUUGUGGGAAAUAUGUCAAAUAUGGCUAUCCUUUGCCAAACUGUUUACCACACACGACGAUGUUUUAUGAAUAUAUUCUUUAUAUACAUAAAGAAAUAGAUAAUAUAUUUAUAAAUAAUGUAUAUAAAAUGUAAAUUAUAUUUUGGUAUAAAUGUUAUUUUGAUUGUAUGUAGCACUAGCAAAAAUAAAUACUUGCACUUGAUGAACCUCAAGCUUAUGUCCAACCAUUUACAAGAUCUUGUUAUGGAUAUCUAGUCUGGUCCUAGUUAAUAGACAUUGAUCUACUAAAGGCUAUUUGGUUGGGUUCCUAAACACUCUAGUAUGGCUACAAGAAUGGAAUCUAGGGUAUAGGCAUGCAGAUAAGGGCUGGUUCUGUGCUGUGAGACAGGGUGAUAUCCAUUGUGAGUCAUGCUCAAGGGUAGACCAAUUGAAAACAAUGGACACAAGCUAAUUGAUUUUAGUGGGUCUACUCUGAGUGUGUCUAACACUGGAUAUCACGUUCUCAUAUUUUUUUAAAAAAAAUUAAGUUUCUAAAAUUAAAGUUGAAGGAAUAUCUGGGAAUCCAGAUCCCCAAAGCCCCCUUCCUAUGGUUGCAACUCCAAAAGCUCCAUGGUGAGAGACUAUUCCAAGUGUUCCAUUUCCUCCCUUCUUUUGCUAUCAUGGUGAACCUUUAAAGUCUGCAGAUCUCUCUUCCUUACCCCCCUAUUUCAAUCUAGACACAAUGCUAUUAUUGCUUUGAUAGGAAUGCAGUGGGUGAUUAAUCAACAGAUCCAUUUAAAAUGCUUUUGGAUAACUUUAAAAUAUGGUUCUGAUGCUACUCUGGGUAGCAGGGUUUUUAUUAUUAUUCUUAUUUAAAAAACACCAUUGGUUUACUGGAAGAACUAUAAAUGGCAGACACUAUCUUAGAAGGAGCAUUUGUUCCUAUGAAAAAGAGAAGAGGAAAUGAAUUUUCUAAGUAGUCCAUUUUCUAAAUGCAUGAUCUAAAAAAAGUGUUUGCCUCUUUUAUUAUGUUCAAUAACUCAUAUGAAUAAUUAGCUAAGAUGUCCUUAAUGGAAUGACCUAGGAUUAUGGUUUCCUGCAAAGUACCCUUAACUUCCACUUUAGUUUUGUUUUUCUCUACCAACCACAAAUAGUGGCCAAAGAAACAUUAAGAUAUAAACACAGCAAUAAUAAAACUCUUUCAAGUGUUUUGAAUGCAAAGAUUUUUAAAUGAAGACUGGUUUGUGUACAAUACUCAAAUUUUACAUUUCACCAGCAAUUGUCUUUAUUUCCAGUUUGCCUCCUUUUAUUUUCAGUGAACAAUUAUGACAGAGCUCAGAUGAUUAUCUCCUUUCUUAGAAUUGAAAUAGCAUAAAAUAUCAUUCAAAACAUUGUCAGGUGUUUCAUUCUUUGAGGAAAAAGCUCCAGCUGAUAGUAUAAAAGUAACCAUAAAUAUGUAUUAUGGGUGUACAGCUCAAAUCUCUUUCUCAUCUACAACCUCAAGUUAGUUUCUUUCAUAGUACUUGGAUUUCUGAUUGCUCUGCUCUUUGUUAUGCUUCUCAGGCACAGCAAUUGGAAGUCAGAGUAGUGCUUAACUUCUGUGGGCAGAACCCUUAAAGCACUAAGUAGCAGAGCAAAUAGUGCUAUAUUUCUUCCGCACAGCAGUUGGGAAACCUGACUCUUUUAUGACGGAUGUGGUGCAGCUGACUGAAAAAGCACUGUAGAGCUUCUUGGUGGUGUUCUGCUUCUUUUCUGUAUAGAGUUCCUCCUCUUCCAGUUUCUUUCGGAUUUCAGAAAUCUUUCCACACUCUACCAAAUUGGAAAUGUUAGGAAAGAAGAUAAGAUAGCUUUAAGAUCUAAUUAACUAACCAAUUUAAUUAUUUGCAGUGGAGUUCCCACAGCUGAUAUGAUGUAAAACAAGCUUUCCUUCCCUGUUUGAGAAGUAUAUAUCUCUCCCUUAGAUGUUUAGGAACAAAUAAUAUAGUAUGCAGACUUGAGAGGGACAGGGUAGUUUAACUUUCUCUUCUUCCUAGGUCCUUGCUUCAUAGGUAAGUUAGUGGGGCGCUCAAUGUACUCAAAAGUUAGCCUUACAAGAGCUCAAUGAUUCUGCCAAAGAGGAGGACAAAGGGUGUAUUCCGUUGACAGACAACAUCCCUGCCUUUGCAAGACCUUUUAAACCUUGACCUUAGUGUGUAGGAAAGUUCUGUUGAGAUGUCUAGGAAAGGGUUAUUUCAGCAACAGCUAUCAUCUUCCAGUAAAGGACAACAUGGUAAGUGCCACACACAAGCAAGUUUAUAUACUUAAUCUGUUUCACAUUUAAAUGUGGAACAAUCAUCCUGAUUAUUGCAGUACUUGUAACCACAACUGAAAGCUUUCUUCUUGUCUGAUUUUUAUCACGUGGAUUUUUCUCUGUAUUCAUAAAUACAGAGCAAAUAAAUUGCCUAAGCCUGUUAAUCGGUCCUAAGCAGAGGCUUGCUCCAUUUAAGUUACUAAAGGAUGGAGCAGAGCUGUUUGGCUUCAAUUUACUUGGCAUGAAAGUCCCUACCUUUGAACCCUACAGUGACAUUUUUGCCACCUUCUGUAACCCCUAAAAGUUUGGAAGACUUGAAAUGUUCUGUGAAGGGGCUAGAGGAUGCUGCCACUGUCACACUUCACUUUUAUGCCAUGGCAGUAGGCAGGGGGAACCACCUGUGCUACAUAGGGACUUACUUGUGCUCUUGCAUUGGAGUUGGGAAGGUGAUGCCCAAUCCUAUGUGCACAGAGCACAGGAAAUUGCAUUAGGUAUAAUUAUAAUUGGAGGGAAGCUUGUUUUAGAUGUGUUCGGACAUCAUCAAUAUAUUAAUUCAAUUUUCAAAAAGCAAAUGAUUGAAAUUAGAAUUCACAUUGUAAACAAAAAGGCCCUAAAAUAUUCAUGCUCCUAUACUUUUAUGACAGGCAUAAAUCCCCCUCCCCAAGAUUUGCAAAUAUAGACAUGCAUUGAUUGCUUACCUGCAAUAUAAUGCAAUUGCCAGAAUACAGAUAUAUACACCAUUGCAUAAAAUGAAAUUGCUGCAUUGUGUCAGAAGAGGUGUAAUGGGUUCACAUAUUAAUUCUUAUGGGCAGACACCAAAGGGUUUGAAUUUUUUACAAGCUAUCACUCUUUCAACUGAAGUAACAUUAAUAUGCAGUCACUCAUAAACUUUUACGGCCUUUUUGUGUGUAUGUAAAUAAUGCAGAGGCUGCUUCAGCAGUCUGUCUGAAAUAGGAUCUCUGUGCAUUUUGCAGUGGGUAUGUUUAUGACCCCCUGGCAUGGACACUAUUUGCACAGACGUGGCAUUAUUCAUUACAAAAUGUGUGGUAAAAUAGUUUAUAUGGACUCCACAUAGCACCAGGUCUAUUGAAGAGACUGAUGCCACUGACAGUAACUGCAUAUAUUUGGUUGAUGUGGCAUUCUAUGAAAAAAAUAGCAUAUCAAAUGCUUGGUGUAACUACUGUAUGUAGAAAGUCCUAGACACCAGUGGUUUGGAUUUGCUUCAGCUUCAGUACCAAUUAUACUAUACAUGCAUAUAAAGGUGUGGCCAACAAAUCACAAAAGAAACACAAGGAACAGGCCAAAGAUUUACAAAUUUUCAAAAUCUGACUACUGUUGUCAAAGGAACAUGCAGGGUUGUAAACUAUGCUUCAUAGACUAUAGAAAUAUAGGUAGCAGAAAAAUAUAGACCCUAGAUAUUGCUAACAAUAUAACCACCCUGUAUUGCAACGGGUUGCAGUAGAUUACCCUUGGAGUCCCUUCAAUGAGUCUGUGAUUAUUAAUCUACAGAAUCAUCUCAAGGUGUUGUACAAUAAAAAUACCGGUAGCAAAAACGAAUAAAAACUCUCAAGAAGCAGAUACAUUUUAAACAAAGCUAAAACUACUAAACACACAUUCACAGAAAAGAUCCAUUCAUCCAGUUGGGGAAGCCUAUAGGGGAAAAAAUGUCUUCAAUUGUUUCCAGAAAGUGCAGGUGGAGACCUGUCAUAGUGAGAUGAACACUAUUCCAUAGAAGCGGCAGCCACACUCAAAGCCCUGCUCUGAUCAGGCUUCUGAGAUCUUUGGAAUUUACAGAAGAAAUUUGCCAACAGACCACAGUGAUCUACUGGGUAUAUAAGGGCUAAGGCAAUCUCUCAAGUAAGCUGGUGCUAAACUGUAUGAGGCCUUAUAUGUUAGAACCAACUAUUUGAACGUAGACCAGUAGCAUAUCGGCAGCCAGUACAAAUCCUGCAAGCAAACUGUUAUAUGGUGGUCGUUUGCAACCUAAUCUUGGCAGGCUGCAGCAGCUGCAGAUUCCAGACCAACCCCAAGGGCAGCCCUGCAAAGAGCACAUUGCAGUAAUCAAGCCAUGAGGUUACUGAUGCAUGCACAACUGUGUGCAAGCUAUCCUGAUCCAGGAAUAGCCAGUUAUCUUAGCAACUGAAGUUGGUAAAAUGAGGUAGGUAUCCGAGGUAGGUAUCUUGAGCCUCAUCCACCGCUAUAGUUGUUAACAGUCUUGGCCCACCCGGAAGUGUUAUGCUGGCCAAUUUCAUGAGGACACAGUAGAAGCAGCAAAAUAGGCUGCCUUUGCUGCUUUCACUGCCAUGCUGCGAGCAUGGUUAUGUGCUCUUAAUGCAUGUUCAGUCAUCUUUGCAGUAGUAUUUCCGUCACCUGCUUUCUGGCAAUCAUCCAGCCUGUCUCACUGCAUGUAGUUCCCCAGUGUACCAGGAAGCCAAAUAUGCUCCACAUUGUCAGAGAGGGCAUUCAGGAGCAAUCAUAUCUCUGGUCCUCUGCAUCUUAGUGCCUUUAGUGAGACAAGGGCCUUCACAAGAUCACCAUUUCUAUCCACCUGAAAGUCUCCCAGAGCAUUCAGAAAUCCAUUGGACUCAAGUCUCUAGAUUCAAGCCAUUCUAACAGGUUUCCCAGUGCUAAAGGGGCAAGUUGGUACUUCUCACCAGGAAGUGGUCUGACCAUGACAGUGGGAUCAUCUGAGAGCAAAAGAAAUCAACAUGGUGCCCUCCAGAUGUUGUGUAGACUAUAGCUCCCAUCAUCAUUGACCGUUGACCAUAAUGGCUGGGGGCUGUUGGAAAUCCACAACAUCUGGAGGGUAACAGGUUGUCCUAGAAAUUAUUAAUUCAGUAAGUCAAUAUUAGUGCAACUUCAUUAUGGCGGUCAUAUAGAAAUAUAUAAGAUUGUGUUUUACAUACAUUUCAUCUUCUGAGCAUGCAGGUAUAGGCUUGUGGUGUAAAGCAUUUUAAAAUGUGCAUAUAUUGUGCAUAGCUGCUACCAAAAUUUACAAUGAUUAACUGGAUUGAGCUAACAGGAUUUAAUUUCAAAAGGAAAUAUUUUUAUCUUCUCAUAUGGCCUGCUCUUUGGAAGCAAAACAAACUACUUUGAUGCAUGCAGGAUAUGAAACAUAUUUGACUAAUGCACUCUUCCCUAUACAGUUGUCUCAAUGUGGUGGUUUUGUUUCCGGGUAUUGUUAGAACUUGAUGUUAUAAUUCUGUAUCUUCUGCUAGUUCAACAGGCUACAUUAUUGCUUGUUUAGCAAUCAGGUACUGUAUGUAUAUACUAUACUGGAUUAGGCAACGAUAUGAUGUGAAAAAAGAAGUUUAAAACUUCAUUAUCAUUGGUUACCUGAAAAACAUCAUCCCAAUUUUUUAUUCAAAGAUUUAAGGGGAAAUGGUGGUAGUAGUACUGGUAGUAGUAGUAGUAAUAAAAAUUUAUUUAUACCCCGCCCUCCCCAGUGAGAACCGGGCUCAGGGUGGCGGACAUCAAUAAAAUUACAAUAAAACAUAAAAGAAAGGAAAACAAUUGAUUAAAAUGUGGAUUAAAAUACAAUUUAGAUUUAAUUUUUUUUAAAAUGCAGCCUCAUUUUAAAAUGGCCCAAAUCAAAACCAUAAGGGAGGGGGGGGGAACCAUAGUGGUCAGACUAAGUCCAGCCCAAAGGCCAGGCAGAACAGCUCUGUCUUGCAGGCCCUGCGGAAAGAUGUCAAAUCCCGCAGGGCCCUGGCCUCCUGUGAGAGAGCGUUCCACCAAGUUGGGGCCAAUACUGAAAAGGCCCUGGCCCUAGUUGAGACCAAUCUAGCCACCUUAUGGCUCGGGAUCUCCAAAAUAUUGUUAUUUGUGGACCUUAAGGUCCUCUGCGGGGCAUACCAGGAGAGGUGGUCCCGUAGGUACGAGGGAUGGAGGGGUGGUCCCGUAGGUACGAGUAAAUGGAUAGGAGAGUUUAAAAACAGGUUUCAAAGAAGAAAAUUUUAUUAUGCUUUCUUUGAAGGACAGAUUGUUGGCGUUUGUCUGGAACUGCCUGGAAAAAAAGACAGCUUUCUUUAAGAAAAACCCCCCAGUUGGAGACUGUGGUAUCUACAAGCCUAUAUAACCAUGAUGUCUCAGGAAUCAAUCAAAUCAAUCAAUCAAAUAAGUCACUGAAGCUAAUGCUAAUAUUUCACUGAUGGUAGGGUUAGUUUAAACCAAUUCCAAAAGCAAUCAAAGCUAAGAAUUCUUAUGAUCAGCUCUUUAUCAACAUUAAAUGAAUUUCUCCCAGUUUCUUAAAUAAAUUUCUCCCCAUUUAUGACUUAACUGAAUAAAAAGCAUCUGUCAGGGUCAUAUUCUACACACAUUUAAGAGGAAAAGUCACUUUAAAAACUCUUCUUACCAGAACUAUAAAUUUAUAAAAAGCUGAAUUCAUUGAAAAUUUUUAUAUGUAACACAGACAAAAUUGAAUGUGUUUUAAAAAUCAGCUAUACCUAGCAAUUUCUCUCAUAACUGGUUGCGGCUGAAAAUAUCUAUAGAUUGAGUGCACAAAAUUUUCCCCACACAAGUCCAGUUGUGUCCAGACCUCAUGCUCAGGUCUGGAAUACUUCUGGGUCAAGGGCAUAUUGAGAAGAGGAACCACUAAAUGACUAUAUGAGUUAUAUACCUAAGUGCACUUCAAGAAAUGACUGCCUCGCACAUGUCCAAGGGUCUUGCCUGAGAGGAGGGGAAAGGCCUGAU